ACAAAAAAAAAAAAAGACAAGAACACACAACACACAAUCAAACACACGCGAGAUCUUGUGGAGCUCCUCACUUUUGAGCACUUCUUGUUCCUUCACAAUGUCUAAUAGGCACACGAUUAUUCUCAUGCAAGCAUCUCACAACAGGGCAAGUCGUACUUUCAUGGACUAUGAUUCUAUCAGCCAAGCAAUGGAUGGAAUUUGUGGGCUUUACGAACGGAAGCUGAAGGAGCUAAAUCCAGCAUCAAGAAAUAUCACAUACGAUAUUUCGGAUCUUUAUAAUUUCAUUGAUGGACUUCAUGACUUAAGUGCUUUAGUCUAUGAUCAUUCAAUCCAAGCUUAUUUACCGUAUGAUCGACAAUGGAUCAAGCAAAAGACAUUACAGCACUUGAGGAAAUUGGCACAUUAGGUCCUUCCGAUGCAUAUUCUUCUCUAAUUCGACUUUUGUCGAGCUUUUGUAUCUCAUAUUUUCUUGUUAUGGAAACUUUUUAAUUUGCUAGUGACAUUUGAUCUGGUCUAGCAAUCAUUAUUGCAACAUAUGAAAUGAAAUUGCAUAUUGUACAAUCUGUAUGAGCUUUGCAUCAUUAGUUUAAUGUCAUGUUAUCCACAAUUGUACUUGGUUGGUGCAAUUUUGUCGAUUCAAUCAAACAAAGUCGUGUUUUUUCAAAUACUG